CUGGCGAGCCUUGAUCUUCCAGUAGAACCGUCUUCCCACCAGCGGCACUGGCUCGGUGUGGAAAUCUGCGGAGAUGCAGAAGAGAAGCGAGACGAGGCCCGUGAUGCCGCGCCCGCAGUCUACCCCGCCGCCCCCUACUCAUCCGGAGCCACAGACUGCAUCAAGAGCUGCACCGUCACCUUCUCCUCAUACACAGCAGCCCAUCCAUCGCCACAGUCUCUCGAGCUAUGGGAACCUCUUGCCGCAGCCAAUGUACCACCCUCUGCAGCACAAGAGAGGUUCCAAGCCCAGAACUACAGGUAGUGGGGGUGGGUGGGGGUGGUGGUGGUGGUGGCCCUGCGAGAAGAGUCAGUAGCCCAGACAUUAAGUUGAACUCUCUGAGAAGAACUACCCACCAGUCCUCCCAGGAGAACAACACGACCGACUCGAGGAAGAAGAUUGUUCGGCGCGGCAGUUUCCAGGGGACACCGAGGGGAGCCGGAGGAAGAGGAAGCGAGGUGCACCAGGGGAGAGCGCACUCCGUGACCACCUCUCCCCUCUCUCCAAACUCGCACAGGUCCACACAGUCUCUCACUACUGGUGGAGGGGGCUCUUUUCAAAAGGAGAGCCUGACAAACAGCACAGGUAGCGGCCGCUGCCAUCCUACCCCUCAACUCAGGGGAGGGAGCAGCACAGGUGUUUCUGCAGGCACAGAGGUUCAUUUGAGCAAUGCCAGGUCCCAGGCUAGUUGGAGUGGAGGGACUCCACCAGAUCCACAAUUGAGACAGAGUCAAGAAAUUGCUGUAGGAACAAUUAGACUGCCACUGAAAAACAGAGGGGAUGCAUGGCAGCUGGAGGAAGAGGAAGAGGAGAUGGGAGGGAGGGGGAGGGGAGGGAGACCGAGCGGACAUGUUGACGAGGCUCUCUUCUCCACCAGAAUCCCUCGUCACUACUUUCACUCGUCACUCCCCUCACACCAUCACACCAUCACUGCUCACACCAUCACACCAUCACUGCCUCACAGUCUUCCUCCUCUUCCUCGUAUCGUCAAGAGGUUGGUGAAACAGGCGUGCCGUACAACCACUGGUCCCUGCCUGUGGGGGACAGACACCCCCAGCAAGUGACCACACCCACUGCUCCGGAGGGCUCCGGCAACUCCGCCCACAAUACGACGCUGGAUAAGAAACAUCGGUCGCAUGACCAGAGACGCGAGAGUCGGAAGAUCCUAGCAACGCAGCAACAGCGAGUCGCAGAGUGGGUCAAAGGACAGUCCGACGGAGCAGCCGCUGUUUCCGUGGAAACCGGGACAAAUAGUCACAUGACUCAGUCCCUGCCACGCCCCAUGAGACGAACUCCGACCCCCGAGUCGGGUAGCCAUUGGCAAUGCCCCACUAGGACCUUCUCUUAUAUUCAGGCACAGGUCCAUCCAGUCACCGCACAAGACUCCCCUCCUCACAAGGGAUUCGAUGUCGAUCAGAUGAUGUCGGAGCAUCGUCGUCUCUCCAACACCUCUGACGGUGGAGAAGAAGAACAACAGCACGACUCAGUCUUCUCCUCGGAGGUAAAGCCGCCACAGAAGAAGCAGCGACCUCGCCCAAUGAGCUCGCCACACCCACACCGAGCUCGGACGCGAAGCUCCCCCAAUCCCGUACUCCGAUGGAACGUGAACAACAAGGUGAAAGAAGAAGGAGGAGGAGGAGGACGAGGAGGAGGGAGAGAAAAUGAAGUGGAGAGAAGAGUGUCUAGAGAUUCCCUUCAUCCCGACAAGAGAUUUUCUACUGGUAACAUUCUGGAGGAGAAGCAAGCGCCGGCCAAGUUUAGCAGCCGCCGCAGUGCCAGUCCAGCUGACGAAAAGGGGCGCGUAAUCUGCCACACCCCCACCAACAACGGUCUUGAGGAGGAGACAAGCUCAGAUGACACAGGAGGACAGAGUGAUUCUGAGAGUGUCAUCCGCAAAAACAAGGGACAGCAGCGCAGCAAGAGCUCCACCGGGGGAAUCAUCUCCAAGAUUGCCCGCCGACUUGGCCGUGGCUCCUCCGUGAAACCGGACUCUCACAACUCCUCGGAGGACCUCCCGACCUCAGGAGAGGGCGAGGGUGUCCGGGAAGACUUGGUCCAGAGUGCCAACCACAGCCUCAAGGUCCCCACUCCGAGGAUGCAGCAGAAGAAGCUGAAGAGUAUGAGCACAUCUCACCUGGAGACCAGCUUCGACGGCUCCCACUACCGACAGAACAGUCUCACAGAUAGGUACAGUCCCGACUAUUUCGAGGGGCGUGGUCAAGACGACGGGUGGUACCGAUCGCAGGGGACCCCGCCCCCCAGCUCGGGGACCCCUUACGGGACUCCGUACGGGACCCCCAAGAUGUCCCGGGCCUCGUCGCGAUCUCGCCAGAGGUCAGCUGAGCCUGACCCUGACAGCCUCGGAGGACUUCAUGCUGUAUUCAGGUCUGGCAGCAAGAGAAACUUGAGUGCAGAUGUUCAUGAAACUCUGUUGGACUUUGUGGAGCAGGGGAAUUUCGACGGAGUUGAGCAGCUUCUUGAGAGCAACUCUGUCACAGACCUCAACAUAGCCAGUGAAGAUGACUUUACCCUGGUGGACCUGGCCGCCAUGCUGGGUCACCAUGACAUCGCCAAGCUGCUCCUGUCCAAGGGGGCCAGAGACAGCACACGAUUCUCGAGAGAUCCGUUCUCAAGAUUCCGUGUCAUUCUGACGCUGCUCUCGGAGACGGAACGGGAACUGGACAGUCUCCGCUACGAGGUGGUGGUUCAGAACUCCAGCGGAGGGUCGAGCAGCGUCGUCCGCGACAUGGAACGAAGACUGAAGCGACAGGAGUGGAGAGCUCAUCUCUUCAAACGGAUGAAAGCAAACUAUGAGAGUGCAGAGCUCCCGGAUCCUCCGAGUGAGGUGACCCUGCAUGUCUCCUCCAGUCGCUCUCUGACUGUCAGGUUCUGUGAGCCGCUCCACAGCAAUGGAGCUCCCAUCUCUCGCUACAAGAUUGAGUGGUGCCAGGGAAGUGAUCAGUUCUCCCCAAUUGUUGGAGAGUUUGUACUCACCGACCUUCGUACCAGCGAUUACAUCAUCCCAGACCUUAACAAGGGUGACCGAUACUUCGUAAGAGUCUCCGCCUUCAACAUGAAGGGGUUUGGUCACCCCAAAAUGGCCACGCCCAGCUCAGCUAUCCCGUCCAGCUGGCACGAUGUUACGGGAUCUCGACCUCGUUUUGAGGGUUCUACCGACAACAUCCACAUCAUCGCUGCUCAGCUAAACAUGUCUCUCUCUCACUCUCCCCCUGUCUCCCCUCGUGAGUAAUC